AUGUACUUGGUAAGUAUACCUCUAUUUUCACAGGUGUGUCCGUUAUAGUUCAUUGCUUCGAGGUGUAAACUUUACUGGGAUUAUGCUCUUUCAAUGCGUUCCCUGGUGGUCAAGUAGGAAUGGCUAGUUGUGCAUAUUGUACUGCAAAACACUACAAAUAAUACUCAUUAACAUAUUACUGGAAGAUAACUAUAAACCAUUUCAGUAACAUAGGAUUGUAGGAUUCAUAUGUGGUACCCAGGGAGGUCUUUAAUAUUGAUUGGACCCUGGGCAGGCAUUUGCUUGGGCCCCCUGUACCUAGCAUGCAAUCACACCCUCCACCCCCACAACAACAACAAAAACACGCACACUUAGCCGCACUCAUUUUUCACUGAGACAAAAUACACACACUGACACAUAUACAGAUGCAAACAUACAAGAUGCACAGAUGCACUCACUGACAAACAUGCAGGUAAACAGACAAAUACACUGACAAACAUGCAGAUACACACAAUAACAUACAUACACAUACAUGGACCCACAUGUAGAUACACAGACACACACACACACAUACAGAUACACACAGAUACAUAUACAGAGACACACAGAUACGCAUACACAUAUAGACACAGAUACAGACAGACACACACAUACCUGGGGUCCAGUGGCUGGCUCAGGCUGAUGGGCGUCAGAGCUCCUACACUGACUCCCUUCUCUCCUCCUCCUGUGUGACGCUCGGUGAAUGCUGGGAGGCAGUGCUGCAGCACUUUAAGAGUGCAACCGGGCCCCCAAAAUACACUGCCAUCGGAUAGACCUUAGAAAAUGGGCCCCCUCAUCGUGUGGCCCGCAGUGGUAGUUCCACACACCACAGCAGCCAGCUGGCUGAAUGGGCAGCUGCACCUUUUGCCCCGCGUUAAAGACAGCCCUGGUGGUACCUGCUGAUAAUAUCAACUCCUAAUCUCGAUUCCCUGAGUGGUGAAAAUGGCUCUCUACUAGUGAUGUCCCGAACUGUUCACGAACGGUUCGCGUGGACUCCAGUCAGCUGACACAUUGCAGCCAAUCAACAGCAGACCCUCCCUUCCACCUCCUGGACAGCUCACUAAGAAUGCAGCUUCAAAAUGGAUGUGUCCAGGAGGUGGGAGGGUCUGGGAGGGAGGGUCUGCUGCUGAUUGGCUGGAAUGUGUCAGCUGACUGGAGUCAGUGGCGAACAGUUCGGGACAUCACUACCCUCUACACAUAGCAUUGUAAAUUUGUAGCAAUAACAUUUGCAGGUUUGGUUUCCUUUAGUAACCAUAUAAUCGGUGUUAAAUAAAACAUUGUGUAUAUAAAUGUUUAUAUAUGGUUAACAACAUUUGAAUGCUCUAUAGGUGUGUAAAAAGGUAUCUAAAAGUUGUUUAUUUGUUUUUAAUUUUUAGAGAAAGUUUAAAAUCACAUGCCACUCAGAUUUAGAGUUCCUCAUAAGUAUUACAAAUACAUUCCAGAGAGCGUUAAAAUUUUUUACCAUGAAAGAUACACAAACGCAGGUAAGCUGGAUAUAAUUAUGUGAUGUAUGUAUGUUUGCAAUAUACUCAAUUGUUUGGAAGUCAGAUACACAUGGUGCUUCUACUGUAAACUGAUAAAAAAAAUUUUUUUAUUCAUUUGGAUAAUCCCAAAUAGUUACUUAAAGUGUUACUCCAACCAAAAACAGUGUUUUAAUGAAACACUGUUUUUGGUUGGCGUAACCCUUGCUGGCAGCUAUAACAAAAUUAAAAGAAGACUUACCUGCAAUCCUGCACCAUGGCAAGGUACUCCCUAAGGUCCAAUCCUCCGUCCGUGACAUCACGCAGGGAUGCCGAGGAGGCAGAGCUGAGGGAGGACCCUGAGCAGCAGGGAGGGAGAAGCUGUACCAGCAUUUGACGUCUGUCAACUGUUUCUAGUAUUAUAACAUCCUUCUUUAAAACUGCACCAUUUAUUCAAGAUGGGGGUCUUACCAUUGAUUUAUGAAAAGGAAAACAUAUGUUUUAGUACCAUGUAUUAAAACCCCUUUUAAAAAAAAAAAAAAAAAAAUGUUUUAUUUUGUAGUGCAGUGAAGUAUACACAAUAUAACAGUGACAUAUGUUGCAUUGCAAGAGUUUGAAUAUAGUCUUCGUGUUAGAGCACAAAAUGUCAAGCAGAACUGCACAUUUUUAUUUUUUUAUUUUUUAGAGACGGUAUAUAUGUAAAGCAGUAACAACCAUGCUAGGCAGACAUGUAAAGAAACAAUAAGUAACAAGCUGGUUUCAAGAAGGGAACCUCAGGCUGACAUUAUAACACUUUUACACUACACCCAUGUGUUCUUAUGCAGGUAUGCACCAAAAUGAAUCAACAGAAAUAGGAGUAAAGUGGUGAUGCUUUGCUAUUGUUGGGUAUGGUGCUGCUGAAUAGAGGGGGCUGUCCAUUAGUAAUCUGCCAGACUCAGCCGACUUCCGCGGGUGGCAGCAUGGUUGUAUUCCUUGAGGGAACUUGGUGCCAGGAUCGGGUGCCUCUCCAGCCCCAGGCCUUGAGGAGGACCGGCAUCUGCGUGCCACAGGCUCGGUUUCCAUUGAAGUCCGAGACAAUCCCCUGUUGAGGGUGGUCAGAGGAUCGGGGUGACAGGUGCAGCUUAAUGCGGACUAUCCUCCCCCUUGGUGUUCGAUGCAGGGCAUACAAGCCCCCUGUGGCCCCAUAGAACAGGAUGCACAGGUUUUCUAUGAAGCUUUUCACUGCAAGUAGGCCCCUUUGUCUCUGGCCACUUGUCCCGUUGUUCGGCUAUAGUAGUUGUCAUACAGUGCUGGAGCGUGAGCCAGAAACGUUGAAAAUGGCGGUAAAGCCACAUUUGGUACUUUGCAACAGCGUCGCUAGGAGUUUUCUGGGGGGGACUCAUGCCACGUGAAUACAACUCCCGAUUUCUGUUUCUCGCUUGGUGUGGUAAGUAUUUGCAAGCCAGGUCUGUCCGCACUGAGAGGACCGGUAUGACCCCCACUGGUCCGGGGAUGGGGCCCCAGUAGGCCACAACACGAUCCUCGGGCACUCGUUGGUGGAAAUGUCCAAGAAAGGUAUGAUCCCGCUUGCCCUGGCUACCCUGCUUGUGGAUAUGUCAAGGUUUGAGCAAAUAAGCCCCAGAAUCAGGUUCAAAAAGGUUAUUUUCAGCGAUAAAUGCAGGAGCUCAAGCUACUUGUGGUCAGGCUCCGCCCCCCCAACACCCCUUUUUUAUGUAUGACUUAAUAUACGCUGGAUUUUGUGCUGAACGACAUUGGGAAAAAUAACUGAACCUGAACUCUGUCUCCUCAGGUGUGUUUGUCUGCUGCUUCACAGAGUACUGGAAAAAGUGCAGUCAGUGAGUGCCAUACCUCUUUAAGUGGUCUUGAUCAACAAGCAGGUAAAGUGAUAACUAGUUUCUAGAUUACACUAUUGUUAAAAUUACGUGAUUGUAUGAAAUAUGGCCUGAAAACUCUUGUAGUAUUGUCAAAAAUCUUUAAAAUGUUCAGCUACUUUAACAUAUUCCAUGUUAAGAAGACAAAAUAGUAAUGUAAUUAAAUAUACGUAUUUGGUUAAUAUUUUUUUUCAUUGUAUAGCAUGUUUUUCAAAUUCUGCACUACAUGUGGGUGGCAUUGUCCAUGUAUAGCAUGGAUAAACUCCACCAUAUAGUCCAGAGACCUCUAAAUGCCCAACAUUUACACUCACAGGCAUCAGCUACAAUUUGCAACUGCUGUCAUUUUAAUUCAUUUAGCCCACUAUCAGUAAUGCAAUGUUGGGAGAGGAACUGGGGAGACUGAAACAAUAUGAUUCUGUCUCCAUAGACUUUCUGAUUGGCAUAUCACUAUUGGUAUAGGACCUAAACUGGAGUGGGUAGGUGCAAAUAGCUACUACUGCAUGUUAGUGCAUUUCCUAUCAAUUGCAGCAGACCCGUCUAGUUGUUUAUUAUGAUGUCUACAGAAUCAUUUUUCUGCAUUAUUUUCCCAUAAUACAUCAUAUCACCUAUGUAAUUUAUUUUUUUCCACUAUAUAAUUUUAUAUUUUUAAGAUUCCACCGCUGCUGGCACUCAGUCUGUGAUACCAAGCAAUGGCAAUACCAUUAACUCUGAAACCAAGCCAUGUCUUUCCCAAACCUCAUCAGAAUCAAUUCAAGACCAAAUACCAUGUCCAAUAUACUCUGCAUUAGAUCAGAAAGAAUCCGUCACAGAUUCAAAAAAAUCAUUCAACUUACAAGGGCUGUUUAAAAGCACUCCCUCCUGUCUGAAUAAUGCUUAUGUUAUUAAACCUAGUUCCAUGGAAACAAGCCCGAAAAAAGGUAUUCUAAGUUGUGUAUGUGUGUUUUUUUUAUUGUCUUGUUUUUUUUCCAAAUUUCAAUUUAAUUUUUGUUUAGUAGUUUGCAUGAAAUACAAAGCAUACACUAGCAUACAUAGAAUAAACACACACAGGCAGGCUACACUUACAUAGGCACAAACACACACAGACUACACUGUCACAGACACACAUAGAUAGGCACAGGCUGCACUGGUACAGACCGGGAUAAACAGACACAGGCAUGCAUAGAUAGGCACACACUGGCUGCACAGAAAGAGGGAAACCACGCACUAUGUUUUUUCCCAUCAUCCCUACCUGUACUCUCUGUAGGAAGAUUUUGAGCUGAAUGAAGUAACCUUUGCAGGGCUAAUGGCUGCAAUUGUCUCUCUCCUAUAGCAUGUAAAGAGAGGAGGCAGAAAGCUGCUGGACCUGCUCUUCUAAUAUCUAUUAUUCAGUAUUGUCCAUAUAUAUAACCUCGUCCUGUGCAGUAUCUUAGCUGAGAUCUCAGAUGUCCCACCGGAAUCUGCUGAAGUCACUGCAACCUGGAGUGCGCCUACUACAACUGGGACAACCACUGCCUUCACACAUCCAUUUUAGCUCCUUUCAGUCCUUGGUAUUUGUCCACCUUCUCAUGUUCCUUCUUCUUGAUAUUAUAGUAAUUUGGUAUUGCCACAUCAACCACUGCUGCAGUCUUUCAUUCCUACCACAACAUUAUUAGGUUGGUUGUUCAGUACUUACUUGUCUGUCUGGAUCUGGAAGUCCUACAGGAUCGUAGCCCAGUCAUUCUUAACUAUAGUUGUGGUACCUCCCAUCUGGACUUAGGCAGGUUCUUCCCAUCUUCUGUGCAAAUGUUUCAGUACACAAUCCUAGAAAAUAAUAUAAAUAUAAAUAAAUAUAUAUAUAAAGAAAAAAAUAGAUAAAAUUCAUAUCUUGUAAUUCCUAUUUCAUUGGACUAACAGAAUUUGUUAAUGACAAGCUUUCGGGAGAAUCUCCCUUUCUGAAGUCUGAAGCAUUUCUGAGAAAGACGACACAUCGAAUUCAAAGUUGUGAUACAGAGAUUAAAGUGACAUGAGUGCAGAUAAGACACAGGUUUGAUAGAAAAUAGACAUCAUUCUUGCAGAGGGUCAGAAAGAUAUUUAUGACCCUCUGCAAGAAUGUUGUCUAUUUUCUAUCAAUAAAAAAGGUAUUACAAGAUACAAAUUUUAUCUUUUUUUGCAUCUACAUCACUGUACUAAUAUGGCUACAAUCUCAAUCUCUCUGUAUAUGACAUACAAAAUACAGAAUCCAGUGCACUUGCUUAUUCACUAAAUAAUUAUUUCAAAUCUCACAUAUGGUAACAGUUUUAUUUAAAAACACCUCAGCUAGGCAAAAAAUAAUGGGGGUUUAUUUACUUUAUAUGAUCCUAUAUUGCAUAAGCCUGCCACAAUGUCAGUGUACCCCAUUCUUGGCAGGUCCUACUCUAGCAGCCUAAGGAUAGGAUGAUCCUGGCACAUCCUAUAAACAGCCCUCAUUUACUUUCCAUUUAUCUGAAAAUAAUUCUGUGGAUACCAAGAAGACAUCCUCUGCAGAUUCUGCCAUAUCAGCACCCAAAACAUUCAACAGCAUUUUCAAUACCACUAUUUCUGCCACAGUUACUGCUAUAAAACCAACCAUUCAAGGUAAUAAAGGUGUACAUUAGUAUUUUAGUCAGGAUGGGGGUUUAGUACUAAACUUUUAUGUAUUUAUUUUAUAAAAUGGAUGAAUAUAGAACACUGCUGAACUUCCAUCCUGUUCGUACUAGCAUUUCCCGUUCGUCUAGAAAAGCAGCAUUCGACUGAAUUGAACGACCAGCAGGCACACAACUACCCAGUUUAUGAACACUUGAAUUCGUUAGUUUAAUUGUGAGAACUCCCGAAAGAAGACGGGUGAAAGCAUUCAAUCGCAUGGAACUCUUUUAGGGCUUCACCUCGUGGUUGACCGGUCUAAACUUCACUCUAAUGGCAUUCCUGUUCUACAGAACGGAUCUGAGCGGUAUUUCGACAGAUUGGGCGCUCAGAUCCCUGCUAUUCGGGGAAGUGGUUCUGAUUAAUAUUAUGGGAGUUAUGUUAUUUUAAAAUAUUGUUUCAUUUUCUGUACUUGGGAGAUAAUUGCGUAAGGACAAUUAUUUAAUUAGAUUAUCUUCCAAGUACAGGACAGGAUCCUGGAAAAUGUGUCUUUGUUUACUGUCCUCCACAAGGUCCAUCAGGGGGAAACCCAUGGAAUGUAAUUACUGAAUAAAAAUCAGUUGACUCCCAAAGCUGUGUAUCGUCCAGUUGUUGGGGAAUGGGAUUGGAAUUGUCUCGCUACACUUUAUUUGAAUGCUGAUUACGUCUACCAGCGGAGAUAUUGCAUUUAAUAGUUCCUCUCCGCUACAUCCAGUAUUUGAUAGCCAAAUUGAAAUGCUAAUGCAGUGGUUCCCAAACCAGUCCUUAAAACACCCCUGCCAGUGCAAGAUUUAGGAAUUGCCCAGUUGUGUCUAAGGUGUUUUAUUUUUAUUUUCUAAAAACACCUUAGACAUAACUGGGUCAUUCCUAAAUCCUGGACUGGUAGGGGUGCUGUGAGGACUGGUUUGGAAACCACUGGGCUAAUAUCAGAAAUCAUGUUAGGGCAGAUUAUAACAUGUCUGAUUGGUCUAUACUGCUAAAUGGGGCAUCUUGUCAAAUAGUUGCUCAUCCAGGUCUCAGCAGCAUCUUUAGCCAUGAAUAAGGAGGAGAUUGCAGAUAUAAACAUGAUAUACACCUGCUUUUGUACCUAUACACUUUUUUAAUAAUUGUUAUGCUAAUUGAUCUUGUUUUUUGUAUGGAAAACUAAAAAGGGGUUGCUGCCAGUAUCAAACAUGUUUAUGGUUAUUUUAACAGUGUUCCAAUUAUUGUUAUUUUUAAUUUUAAAUUAAGACCCCAGAAUCAUGGCUAUUCCAAGACAACAUGUAUCUGAUGCAUCAUGUAUUGGCACCCAGCAUGAAUCUAUAUCCCAGCCUUUACCUUCCAUAUGUGUACUGAAGGUAGAUCAGGACUCACAGUUCUCCAAAUCCUCCAUGACUUCCCCAUUAAGUCCAACGAAGGAUGAAUCCGGUGUUGCUUCUUCAGAUACCAUGCAAACUUCUGCAUUGGAAUGUGCCAGAUCCCCUGCAUCGAAACCUGAACAGUCUACCAGCGGCAGAGUGGACACAAUGUGUGUGGACUCCUCAGGGCUGGCUGCUUUAGUUACAGUUUUAACAGCGUUACAAGGUAACUGAUUUUUACAUUAUUUUAUACAACUUUGAUUGUAUGACUUGAAAAGAGAAUUUAUAUUCUGUAUAUGGAAAUCAUUUUUACAGAAUGUGAAGUGGGUGUAAUGCCAAUAACCCCAUAAAUUCAGUGUCCAUUUCAUUACUAAAGUCUAGCAACCCUCCAUGCGUCCAUUUCUCUUGGUGCCAAUUGUGAGUUGAAGUCUAUUUUUCCAAACAUGCUGAAUGCACAGUGUGUAGCUGUAAUAUAUUCUGGUGCUUACCUGGACACCUGCUAUAAAUAUAAGGAUCUGUGAGGGUGCGGAUAAACACAGUGAAUGCAUUUGAUGCUCACUCCUGAGAAAUAUAAUCGAACUUGACUCAUUUGCAAAUCUGCUGAUGCAAGUUUCUAUUUUAUUUAUGCAAUUCUACUUAAUUUCACUUUCUACGCUGUUUAAAAUCAGAGUGUUGACCCAUUGUGUUAAAUACUAACCAUUAGAACAGUGUUGUAGCCAAACUGUUCUAUGUCAUCACAGCCUUGAAUGUCUUGGGUCAUAGAGAACUUGGCAUUUCAUUGGGUAGGAUUAUAGCUUGUAACAUAGUUUUCAGAGUAAUUAUGAUGUUUAGUAAAUGUAUUUAUGAAGAUUAGUAAUCUUUGACUAUUUUUUAUUUUAUUAAGACCCCAGAAACAGAGUUACUCCAAGCCAAUCAACAUCUGACACGUCAUGUAUUGGCUUUAACCCCUUAAGGACACAGCUUCAGAAGCUUGACUUACGCUUAAUGACACAAGCAAUUUUUGCAUUUUCUUGCUGUUUGCGUUCAACUGCAAUUUGCAUCUCUCUCAUUUAUUGCACCGACACAUAUUAUAUACUGUUUUUUAAAGGACAGAAAGGGCUUUAAUUUGAUAUAACAUAUAUAUAUAUAUAUAUAUAUAUAUAUAUAAAUGCUUACUUAUUAUAAAAAAAAUACAGAAAAAUGCAAAAAAAAUGAAAAAUAUUGUUUUUUUUUUACAGUUUUUGCAAUAAUAAUGUGUGCAUAAUUAGUGCAGGUUAAGGAAAGUAAUUAAAAAUAAAUUUAUUUAUUUGUUCUGAUUUACAGAAUAUAUAAUGUGUCUGGGAUUUUAAGUUUUUUUUGGUAGUUACAGGUCACAAAGCACAAGGAGUAAAAUAAACUUUUAAUGUGGAGCGAUUUUAGAAUUUGGUAUGUUUGUCUUGUAAGCUUAAUAGCCAUAAAAGAAAACAAAAUUGCCACACAAAAGUAUAUAUUUAUAUAAAGUAGACAUCACGGGCUAUUUACCUAAGGUUGUUUUGACACUUUCUACGUAGCCAUUUCACCGCCAACCUCUGCUAAAUAUUGGAGUAAAAUUGUGUUCUUUUUGGUUUUUGGCACACAAACUUAUAACAGAGAAAUUCUCGUGUAUAUUUUGUAAAGUUGGUGUGUGCUAUUCCUGUACAAAGUUUUAUUUUGUGUUCAGUUACAUCUGCUGAGUAAAAUGACACCCCCAUUGUAUGUCUUUUGCACUAUUUCGUGAAGUUACAGUGCCAUACAGGAUACCUGUCCUUUUCAGUAUUCACAGUAGAAUUUUGAGAGAUGGAUUUAAUGAGCCUUAGCUUCCAUUUGGGGUAUUAUAACAGUUUGACUGUUCAAAAAACCCCCACAAAGGCCUACCAUUUGUAAAAGUAGACACUCCAGGGUAUCUUAUAAGGUGCAUAUUGUGCCUUAACAUGCCCCCAUUUUUUCACCAAUAUAUGCCAAAGUAUGUGGUAAAAAAAAAUUUUGUGCAUUUUUUACAUACGGAUUGCAUUUUUGCUGGGCGUUUUGUAUAUUUCAUAUGUGCCACUAAGUUCAAACCUCCCAAAUUAUGCUCAGCUAAGUCUUUUGAGUAAAAAUACACCCCCAAUGAAUGUCUUUGGCACUAUUUUGUGAAGCUACAGUGCCAUAUAGGAGACCAAGCCAUAUCCGUUUUUACCAAACUUUGAAUUUUGACGCUGGGCCUAUGUGCAAUUUCCAAGCAUCUUCGCAGGUUUUAAAUUCAAACUACCCCACAAAGGCCUACCAUUUCUUAAAGUAGACACCCCAGGGUGUUUCAAAAGGUAUAGUUUGAACCUUAGCGUGGGAUCAUUUUUCCGCUAGCUUGUACCAGAUGUAGUGGUAAUAAGCGUUUUUUCUGCCUUUUGACAUACAAAGUGAGUUUGCACAGUAUAUUUUGCAAACCUUAUGUGUGCUACGACUGUAUAAUACUUCAUAUGUUGCUCAGCUAUGUCGGCUGAGUACAGCAAUACCCCCGUAUGUACCUUUGCCAGGUAUGUGUGGACAUCGGAGGGGCACAUUUGGGACACAGCCAUUCCAGUUUUUUUCAAACUUUGAAUUUUUAUGCUGUGCCUAUGUCCCAUUUUAGAGUAUUUUACCAGGCUAUAUAAUCCAAAUUCCCCAUAAAGCCAUACCAUUUCUUAAAGAAGACAUCCCAGGGUAUUUCAAAAGGCAUAUUUUGAACCUUAGCGUGGGAUCAUUUUUCCGCUAGCUUGUACCAAGUGUAGUGGUAAUAAGCAUUUUUUCUGCCUUUUUGACAUACAAAGUGAGUUUGCGCAGCAUAUUUUGCAAACUUUAUGUGUGCUAUGACUGUAUAAUACGUCAUAUGUUGCUCAGCUAUGUCGGCUGAGUACAGCAAUACCCCCGUAUGUACCUUUGCCAGGUAUAUGUGGAUGUUGAAGGGGCGCAUUUGAGACGCAGCCAUUCAGUUUUUUUCUAACUUUGAAGUUUUACGCUGUGUCCAUGUUCCAAUUUGGAGUAGUUUAGACGGUUGGUUAUUGAAACUUCCCCACAAACACAUACUAUUUAUUAAAGAAUACACCCUGGGUUAAUUCAAAAGGCAUAUUUUGAACCUUGGCGUGGGAUAAUUUUUUCUCUAGUUUGUUCCAGGUGUAGUGGUAAUGAGCGUUUUUAAAAUGUAUUUUUUUACUUUUUAUAACUUUUUUACUUUUAAAAACUAGUUUUUAAACUUUUGUUUUGCUUAUAAAUUUUUUUUAAACUUUCUUAAAACUUUUUUACAGAUUUAACAUUUUUCUAAGCUUUUUUUUUUACCGUUAACCCCUAACUAGCAGUACGCAGCACUAACAGUAAAUUCCCGAUUUUCCCAUAACUCCCACCCACCCCAGCUAGCAAAAUAUAUAGUUAUAAAAUAUUUAAAUUAAUUAAUUAAAUAAAUUGAACCCCUGAGGGUUAAAAAAAUAAAUCCUCAGGGGUUAAAAAAAAUUAGAUCAUCAGUAUAAUACUGUGAUCUCUAUUUGAUCGCUGUAGGCAGUGAUCGACUGGCAGGGAAGGGGUUAAUUUUUAUUUGGACUAGGUAAAGUGUGUGUUUUUUGUUUUUUUUUACUUAAAUGUUAUUAAAACAUUUUUUUAAGCUUAAUUUUUAACUUUUUAAAGUUUCUUUUAAAACUUUUUUUAACGUUAACCCCUAGUUAGCCUUACGCCAAAUCCCCCAAUUCCCCACUAACUUCCACCCACCCCAGCUAUCUAAAUAUAUAAUUUAAAAAUAAUUUAAUUAAUUUAAUUUAAUUUAACCCCUGAGGGUUAAAAAAAAAAAAAAAGAAUUAACCCUCAGGUCAAAAUCAGAUCAUAGUAAAAUGUAAUCCCUGCCAAUUGAUCACUGUAGUCAGUGAUCAAUUGGCAGGGAAUGGGUUAAUUUUUUAUUAAAAUGGGUAAGGGGGGGGGGGACACUUUAAAUUAAUUUUAUUUUUUUUUCCAGCAGGGGGCAGGAUCAUCACUGAUCCGGCUCCCUGCACUUCACAGAGAACCCGGAAGUGCAGGGAGCCGGUAGGUGAGUAUAUGCAGCACAUGUGCUCGCUCUGACAUGCUGUCAGAGCGAGCACAUGUGCUGGGCAGCCUGACCGGGUGCUCCCGGUAUGCCUCUAAUGCAGAGGCAUACCGGGAGCACCAUUAACCCCGCGAUAGCGGCGAUCCGGGGUUAAUUUUACCGCGUGACGGACAAGGUCCGUCACCCGUCGUUAAGGGUCUCCCCUCUGUGACAGACCUCGUCCGUCACCCGUCCUGAAGGGGUUAAGCAUGAAUCUAUAGCCCAACUUUCCUCUUCUGUACUGAAGCCAGAUCAGGACCUACAUUCUCGCUAACUUUCCAAUUAGGACCAAGCAAGACUGAACCUGACAUUGCUUCCCUAGGCACUUUGCAGAUUCCCCACUAGGAAAUCUGGCACAAAUCCAGCAUUUUAACGUGAGCAAUCUACCAGUAGCUCUUUGGAGAGAGAGGGAAAAAAACAAUACACACACUCACUCACACACUCACACUUUGAGCAGUCUUGGCAAUAUACUGUCUGUUCAUAGAUUCAGCUGGCUUGUUUUCAUUUUUCCCAUGGUUACAUCAGAAGUAUAAUUUCUUGGUAUACAUAUUAUUGAAUUUUUCUCUCAUGAACACCUGCAAUCCAGUUCAUUUGUUAUAUUUAAGUCUCCCAAAUUCUUAACAACAAUCUUCUCAAUCUUGUCUGUAUAUUGGAGAGGCUCCCCCAGAUCCUUAACAAUGAUCUUAUCAAUCUUGUCUUUAUAUUAUAUAGUUAAUUUAAUAAAAAUUUUUUAUAUUUUAAACAAUCGUAGUGUAAGGCUGCAACAUAAAAAUAAUGAAAAAAAGAUGGGGUCUGAAUAAUUUCUGAUUGCACUGUAUAUACAUUUUAAUCAGAUGGAAGUCCGCUCUUUAGUCCACAUGUAAGGCCCUACAGUAGCAUUAAUUGGAAUACUGUAUCUCUGACUUCCAGUAUACAUUUCUGUAAUGAAGGUAGAACAUGUUCUUAUAUUGGUUGAUUGAUAUUUGAUACUAGUUCUAAAUUAAUCAGCCGCUUCUCUGAAUAUUUUACAGUCAACAGAUAUGUGUGUGGCUGUUAAAUACUCUGGGCAUUUAUCUGAAUUCCUAUAGAUACAUUUAGGGUGCAGAUGAGACAAAUUCUGACACAUGUAGAUGAACGUUACUUUCCAUGUUUUUGUUUUUGUUUUUGUUUUUAAGGUAAAUUGAGAGAGAUUGUUACAUUAUUCUUAAUAAGGCUUUCUAAGCUGUUCCGUUGUUGUCAUGUCAAAAUGUCCUUUCAUAAAUUUGAUAUGUAUCAACUCACAGAACAUGGCAUUACACUGGUAAUGCUGAAAAGGAGCUUUCUUAUGAUGUUAAGUAAACAUGUCUAUCUGUGAAUAAUUAUUGAAUUUUUUAUUACAUUUUUUUAAAUCCAAUUUAGACCCCAGAAUCAGGGCUUCUCCAAGACAACAGUCACCUGAUUCAUCACAUGUAGGCAUAGAGGUCGAAUCAACAUCACAACCUUUACCUUCCACUUCUGUGCUGAUAAACCCAUCCUCCACAUUGUCUGUUGCUUUCAAGUUAUGUCCAAUCAAGAAUGAACUGGUUGAUGUCCCUUCAGAUGACCUGCAGAUUUCCACUACGAGGAGAGUCCAAAUGACGGAAUUAAAACCAGACAAACUAAACACAGACAUUUCAAGGCCUGCUGCUAAAGUUGCAGCUAUAAAGCCAAUCCUUAAAGGUGAUUGAGUCUUACUGCUUUUGUGUACAAAGCUAUUCAAGAUGUAUGGAAAACACUACACAAAUGAUUUACACAGAAACAGAACUCAUACAAAAUAUCUAUGGUUAUUUUACGUAAAACUUUCAAUUAAAAUUGAAAUUAUAUCCCAAGAACACACUAUAAAUUUCAGUACAGAGUAUAGAAAACAUCAUAAUUAUUCCUUAUUCCUAAUGGCAGCAAUUUGAAAAGUAAAAAUGCUUAUGUUAAAAUGGGUAAUAUUUGUACAUGCUCCUGUAAAACGCAAAGGGGCUUAUUUACUGAAAACUACAUUGUACUGAAUUAAUGAGGAAAUUACAAGAAUUAGACUUAGGCCUUGCUGUGACUAUAGCUAGGCUGGAGUCCUUUCCCAAAAGCGCAUUUUACGAAAUACCAAUUUUGUGUUUAGUGAAUAAACCCCUAACCCCGGGUUGUUUCGCAAAUGGCAUAACCACAGAGAACAAUAUGAUAUUUCCCAUUCAGUGUAAACAGAAAUGUAGCCAGACCAUGUUGUAUCAGAAGGGCUCUUCACACGUUAUCUGUAUCAAUUCAUAAAGAACAUGGAAACUCACUGGUGUGCUUUAAUGUUAAAUCUGUUAAUAAUGUCAAUCACACACUCAUUUAACUUAUUUACGUGGGUUUUUUUUGUUUGUUUUUUUAAGACCCCAGAAUCAUGGUUAAUCUGAGACAGCAGACACCUGAUGCAUCUUCUACUGGAAAUAAACAUGAAUCUGUACCCCAGCCUUCACCUUCCACGUUUGUGCUAAAACCAGACCAGGAGCCACAGUCCUCCACAUCCUCCAUUACUUCCCAAUUCAGACCAAUCAAAAAUCAACCUGACUCUGCUUCUUCAGACCGCAUGCAAGACCACAUUACAGCAUGUGACACAGUCCCAGCAUCAAAACCUGAACAAUCUACCAGCAGCUCUUUGGACAGAGUUAACAUGGACAUUCCAAAUCCAUCUGCCACUAUUAUUGCUAUAUCACAGACUCUUAAAGGUAAUCACAUUUAGUUGAGUUUUGAUGAUAACCAAUACAAAUUACAUUAUUGCUUUCAUGUUUUUAGGCAGCAUAAUUAGGAGGUUAGGAAUGGUUUAUCUUAAAAGUUACAAAUAGAAUGAGUCAGUACAAGUUGUAUCAGAUGGGUAAACAAGAUAAAUUCAAAGUUUAUUUAUAAAUUAUGUAACUUAUGAUUUAAAUGAUUAUUUUUUUUAGACCCCAGAAUCAGGGCUACUCCGAGACAACAGGCACCCAAUGCAUCUUCUACUGGAAUUAAACCUUCUACGUUUGCGCUGAAGCCAGACCAGGACCCAGAGUCCUCCACUUCCUCCUCUACUUUCCAGUUAGGACCAAUUGAGAAUCAACCUGGCGCUGCUUCUUCAGACAUCAUGCAGAGCCACAUUACAGCAUGUGACACAGGCCCAGCAUCAAAACCUGAACAAUCCACCAGCAACUCUAUGGACAAAGUUAACAUGGACAUUCCAAUGCCAACUGGCACAGCUACUGCUAUAUCACAGACUCUUAAAGGUAAUCACAUUUAGUGGUGUUUUUAAUUUUGUUCUGAUGAUCAUUAAUCCAAAUUACAUUAUUGCUUUCAAGUUUUUAAGCAGUAUAUGUAUGUAGUUAGGAAUGGUUUAUCCUGAAAGGUACAAAUAGAAUGAAGUAGUACAACAUGUGAAUUUCAAAGCUUAUUUAAAGGGACCAUGUAGUCACCCGAACAAAUACUGCUUAAUGUAGUUUUUGUGGUGAGUACAGUCAGUCACUGCAGGCAUUUUAAUGUAAACACUGCCUUUUCAGACAAAAGGCAGUGUUUUACAUUACUGCCUAGGAACACCUCCAGUGGCCACUCUUUAGACGGCCAUUCGAGGUGCUUUAGCACUGCCGUUUAGCGUCUCCACGCUCUGCAUGGAGAUGCUGAAUGCUCCCCAUAGAGAUGCAUUGAUUCAGUGCAUCUCUAUGAGGAGAUGCUGAUUGGCUAGGGUGGUGUUUUGCCCUGCAUCCUGCCUCCUUUACUGAAAUCAUCAGAAUUGACAAACUCAGCCUAUCCAUUGCUUUCAUAUGGGAAAGCAUUGUGAUUUGCUGAGAUCAUCAAUCUUUCACAAUGAUUGAACUGGAAAUAAGUUAAGUUUUCCUAUUAUUUAAGUCGCAGCCAGGGACUCUACAUGUUUUUUAACACUGUAGGGUCAGGAAUACACGUUUGUGUUCCUGUCCCUAUAGUGUUCCUUUAACUUACUGUUUUAAAAUAUAUAUAUAUAUUUAUUUUAUUUUUUUUUUAUUUUUUUUAAGACCCCAGAAUCAGAGUUACUUCAAGACAGCAGGCACAUGAUGCAUCUUCUACUGGAAUUAAGCAUGAAUCUGUACCCCAGCCUUUACCUUACACGUUUGCGCUGAAGCCAGACCAGUACCCACAGUCCUCCACGUCCUCUUUUACUUCCCAGUUAGGACCAAUCGAGAAUCAACCAGGCUCUGCUACUUCAGACAUCUUGCAGAGCCACAUUACAGCAUGUGACAAAGUCCUAGCAUCAAAACCUGAACAAUCUACCAGCAGCUCUGUGUACAAAGUUAACAUCGACAUUCCAAAGCCAUCUGCCACAGUUACUACACCUGAUGCAUCUUAUACUGGAAUUAAACAUGAAUCUUUACCCCAGCCUUUACCUUCCACAUUUGUGGUGAAGCCAGACCAGGACCCAGAGUCCUUCACAUCCUCCUUUAUUUCCCAAUUCACACCAAUCGAUAAUCAACCUGGCGCUGCUUCUUUAGACAUCCUGCAGAACCACUUUACAGCAUGUGACACAGGCCCAGCAUCAAAACCUGAACAAUCUACCAGCAGCUCUGUGUACAAAGUUAACAUGGACAUUCCAAAGACAUUUUUUUUAGACCCCAGAAUCAGGGCUACUCCGAGACAACAGGCACCCAAUGCAUCUUCUACUGGAAUUAAACCUUCUAAGUUUGCGCUGAAGCCAGACCAGGACCCAGAGUCCUCCACUUCCUCCUCUACUUCCCAGUUAGGACCAAUCGAGAAUCAACCUGGCGCUGCUUCUUCAGACAUCAUGCAGAGCCACAUUACAGCAUGUGACACAGGCCCAGCAUCAAAACCUGAACAAUCUACCAGCAGCUCUAUGGACAAAGUUAACAUGGACAUUCCAACGCAAACUGGCACAACUACUGCUAUAUUACAGACUCUUAAAGGUAAUCACAUUUAAUAGAGUUUUGAAUUUUGUUUUGAUUACCAAUCUAAAUUACAUUAUUGUUUUUAGGCAGUAUAUGUAAGAGGUUUGGAAUGGCUUAUCUUGAAAUAUACAAAUAGAACAAGUUGUAUGAAAUAGGUAGACAAGGUGAAUUCAAAGUUUAUUUAUAAGUUAUUUAACUUAUCAUUUAAAAAAAAUUAUGUAUAUUUUUUAAGAUCACACAAUCAGGGCUACUCCAAGGCAGCAGGCAUAUGAUGCAUCUUCUACUGGAAUUAAACCUUCGGCAUUUGUGCUGAAGCCACACCAGCACCCAGAGUCCUCCAAAUCCUCCUUUACUUCCCGGUUAGGACCAAUCGAGAAUCAACCUGGCGCUGUUUCUUCAGACAUCAUGCAUAGCCACAUUACAGCAUUUGACACAGGCCCAGCAUCAAAACCUGAACAAUCUACCAGCAGCUCUGUGUACAAAGUUAACAUGGACAUUCCAAUGCCAACUGGCACAACUACUGCUAUGUCACAGACUCUUAAAGGUAAUCACAUUUAGUGGAAUUUUGAAUUUAGUUUUGAUGAUGACCAAUACAAAUUAAAUUAUUGCUUUCAUGUUUUCAGGCAGCGUAAUUAGGAUGUUAGGAAUGGUUUACCCUGAAAGAUACACAUAGAAUGAGGCAGUACAAGUUGUAUGAGAUGAGUAGACAAAAUUAAUUCAAAGUUUUUCAAAUUUAAGCCUAAAAUACAUAAUCUGAAUAAUUUUCCCAGUUAGCCAUACUUUCAGUUCUGCUAUAUUGGUCUUAAAUUUGAAAUUCACUUGGAAUUUGAAUUUUUUGUGACUAACCCUGUCAGUGUUUUGGCGAACCUGUGUGAAUAUAUUUUGCUGAGCUUAGUUGAAAUGACAGCAUAUUAUAGUCACUAUUUACCAAGUGCUCCCUUGAAUGUUUCAUAAGCGACCAACAUUACUAGUUAUCAGAUCCAGAAAAGCAUCAAUUCUAGUUGGUUUAUUACCAAUUCAGAUGAAAGUAUCAUGUAACAAUUAAUCGGACUAAGCUUUUUUUCUAAGAAUUAGCAAUUGUUUAAUCAUGUCACUGCUUUAAUUUUGUAUUUCAAUGUUUUUUUAUUUGCUGUAGAAGGCCUCCAAAUAAAUUCUGAAUGCAUACCCAAAGGAAGCAGUGAUUCCAGGACUUCAAUUCCCACAUGCCCAUCCAAACCAAACCAAACCAAACCGUCCACACCUUUAUCCCCUUCUGCAUCAAAAAAGAGGAGAAUAAGUACUGCUUCAGAUCACCUACAAGUGCGCUCUGGAUGUUAUGCUGCCAAACCGAUCUCUGCAGGUAACUAGGCUAAAUCUUCAUCAUCUUAAAUAAGUGUGGUUUGCUGCUGGCUGGUUGUGGAGUGCUUUUAGUGCAGUCUGAAGUUUUAUUUUUACUGAAACUAAUGUAUCAGUAAUAAUUUGUUAUAAACCAUAACUUUUUUUUUUUUCUUCUGGAAGACACAAACCAACUAGAAUGUAGUGUGUUUGUUAUUGGUGCAACCCAAUAGUAUAAUAAGAGACAAUAAAUUUUUUGACCGUAAAUAAAGCAAAAUGUAGCAUCUCCUUUUAAACACUGUUUUUUUAAAGUGUAUCUCUAUCUCUCUAUCUAUGUUUUAUAAUUUAAGAUGUUAGUUUCAGUAUUUGAAUCUCCCAAAUAUGUAUAGACCAACUUAUGUUGAUUAAGCAAUUUGUAGUUUGUGAAACUGGAAUGCAACUGGAAUGAAACCCUCAUCUUUAUUAAUUACCUUCUUCCUAUUUCUCUUUAUUUUUUUAUUUUUCACUUUUCAAAGUCCUUGGAAAUAGUUCUAGCACAAAACAUCAAUUCCUGGACAAAUUGUGUACUUGCAUUAAACCAGAGUCUGUAUCCCAGCUCUUGCAUGCCACCUCUUUACUCAAACCAAAUGAAGACCAGAAGCGCUCUGCUUUUACUGCCCAGAGUGAAAUGGGUGUUGCUGCCUCGGAUGCCAUGCAGAUUUCACCUGCAGGGCAUACUAGACUACAAGUGUGUACAAAACGUUUUGUAAGCAAAAGCGAUGAAGACAACAUGAAACAGACUGCUGGGAUGACUUUAAUAAAACCAACCCUCAAAGGUAACUGGGUGUUUGUUUUAUAUAUGUUUUUUUGUUUUCUUUAGAUGUAACUGUUUUGUAACUUGUUUUUACUGAGCAAAUACACUAGAGUCUAACUACAUUCUGUUAGAUGAACAUAGCUUUAUUUUUCUGAUUUUGCCAUUUAAAAAUAUUAAUAUUAUUAUUUAUUUCAGAACGUUCUACACCCAAUUCAACUGCAAAGAAAGAGUGUUUGAAUUUAUGCCCUGAUAGCAUUGAGCAGGAAAAUGUAGCCAAGCCUCCUAUCACGUCUCUGCCUCAGAUUAGUGAGGAGCAACUAAUCUUAGAGAGUCCUUUUAAAUCAUUUUUUACGUCAGCUGGAAGGAAAACAAGGGUUUCUUCAGAUGAAAUUCAGGAUUAUUUUCUUCAAAACAUCUCAUCUCCAACGUCUACGUCAUCUACAGAAUGUGAUUCAAAUAGCGCUUUCUCUGAAGUAGUCACUGAAGAGAACACAACUGCUCCCUCUAAAGCACUGAUUAAAGGUAAUUAGUGAGUUUUAUGCUUUGCAAAUUGUUGAAAUAAGAACCUGUAUAGGAACAUGGAAAUAAGAAAAUACAUUAAAUGGUGCAGUUUUUCCUGAUAAUCCACCAAAUGCAGAUGUAUUUGGAUGUUUCUCUAAAUCUGAAAAAUAUGGAAGCAGAACUUGGAAAGGGAUGUAGAAUAAUGCUAUGCGUAGGAUAUCAGACUAGACCAGGGGUAGGCAACCUUUCAGUAGCAGUGUGCAUGCUGGUCCUAUUUUUUUAAAUUGAGGUGUGUAUGUUGUCGUAUUCUGCUUGUGUUACUUAUACUGCUGUUGCUUUGUAUCAUUGUAUUUGUGAGUAUAUGAGCUAUUAUAUUGUAUAUGUUCAGGAGUAGUUUGUGGUAUAGUGUAUGAUUCUUAUGAAUGUGGUUUGUGUAUGAGGGCUGCUUGUGGAAUUGUGUGUGUGAAUGGAUAUCUCACAUUGUGUGUUUGGUAAUGUGUGUAUGUUUUUGGGGUAUUGGAUGUGAGAGGCUGCAUGUAGGAUUGUGUUCAUGUAUGUGGAUUGUUAGUGGUGUUGUGUUUCUGCGGAUUGUGUGUAUGUUUGUGUGUGAGCUGUUAAUAUUAUUUGUAUAAGGGGAGGGUUAUUCUGCAUUUAUGUGUAUAUCUAGCAGUGUGGAUGGCUUUCUUGGGUUCCAGUGGGGACCAGGCUGGCCUGGUACAGGUCAAGGACAGGAGCUGCAACAGCAGCUGCGGGCUUCUCUACUCCAGUGUGAAUUCCCAUUCACAAGUGCUGCAAUGCAUAAAUUGAGGAUUGUCCUUAACCACCUUUUCAUAUACCUGAAGUUUCACUGUGACUCCUGAUAGGCCAGAGCCUGUUUGGCUCUAGCAGCCUUGAUUGCCGUGCAAAGACACAUCAAGUGCCGUGCAUGGCACUGGUGCCAUAGGUUGCCUACCCCAGGACUAGACUGUGAAUUAAUUUCAGAAGCUGCCAGCAGACCUGAGUCUUAGCUGUGGACCUAAAAUGCAGAUAUUUCUUUUAAAUUAAAUCUUUCAGUCCAUUUCUUGUGCAGUUCACACUAUAUUUCCAGUUUAAAGGUGAAUAUGCCAGUUUGCCAGAGUUACGUGAUUUAUGGUGAAACCAUAGAUGAACCCAUCAAGAAGGCAGUAGAUGGAAAAUGUUACAGGAAUGAUGGAUAGGAAAUGACUGACUGUGAUGCAUAGGAAAUGCCUGUUGUGCUAAGAUGUUCUAUAAGCAUAUCUUUUCCAACAAAGAACUAUGUUUUGUUUCUUUAGGUGACUGGUCCAUUUUCAUAAUUAAGAGUUUGCAGAUUUUUCUUAUAUUGCAGAACAUUGCACAACCAGUCGAACAUCAUGGAAGAUGUGUUGGGAUUCUCUGAAAACCAUUAAGGACAACAAAGCUAGUUCAACAAAAAUCUCAGACGCAGACUCCGAUACAGACUCUGACACACAAGAGGAUUCCUAUUCUCCACCUGUCAAAAGAAAAACGAUCAGUGCUUCUUUUCAUGAUUUGCAGUGUUGUUUAACUCCGAGGUCCCCAUCUCCAACUACAGAGACAUCUACAGAAAGUGAUGCAGGCCAAGGUAACUAUAUUACUUAAGUAGACCAUACUAAUCUAAAAUGCCAUAUAUGAUCACUUUUAGAUGCAAGAUAAACAAUAUGGAAUAAGAAAAUGCAGUAAGUGUGGCUGGUUAUGCUUGUGGUUUUAAAUUAUUUUGUAGGGAAAGACUUGAGUUAAAAGUUCUGAUAUGCGCAGAAUUCCUAAAUCUAUAAAGAGUUUAUUACUUACAGGCUGUUUUUGUUUAUUUAUUUGUUGUUGAAAAUAGCCCUCAAAUAAAACAAUGUAUAAUGGUUUAUAUGGGAUAGUUUAAAAAAUGGCAUAACAUUCUACUAACUACUUUGGAACUCAUGCAUGCCAACAAAAGCAUGUAAAAAAGUGACUGUGGGAUACUGCUAAUUCAUUUAGCAGUAUGCAUUAUGUCUACUGGUUGUUGAAACCAUUAGCCAUACCAAGACGAAAAAUAGAUACAGAUAUCUGGCCUAUAUCAAGUAAGGAGGGACUGAAAAGGGCAAAGCCAACCUGUGGCAUGGAUGUAAUAUUUAUAUCUCUUUAGACUAUUCAAAUAAUAAAGAAAUUCCAUGAAAUGAAUGGAGAAUAUACAUUGGGAUCACUGCAAGAGAGAACGGAGAUGUAUGGUGACAAAUAUGUUACAAACAGAAUUGACACUAUUCAAAGUAUUACAUCCCUGUCAUAUUAUCCCUUUUCUCAUUAGUGAAUGUAUAAUGUACUUUAGCAACACAUAAGCGAACAUCAUGCUAAUAAACUAUCUGAUAACAACCUGGAAUAUGAAGCUUGAAUUUAUUUGCCAGGGAUAGUCCAGGGUGGCUGAACUACAGCAAUGACCAUUACACUACAUCAGAUUGAUCCAAGGACAAUUAAAUAAAUGUAGUCUCUUGCUGCAAAAAAAACAACAACAAAAAUGAAUAAAAAAAUAAAUAAACAGAAAAUACUUUUAGAUUAGUUGAAAUUAGUGUUUGAGGAAAUCAUGUUGCCAUGUUCUUAAUAACACUACUAUUGUAAAUGUCAAUUUAAAGUCUCCAGAGAUGGGUCCUGACAGUCUGGUAAGAACCUGAACAAGCGCUCUUUCCAAUUUCUUUUUUGUAAAUACACACUACUUUUUGGAUUAAUUAAAAUAUCAAGCAUUUUAGAUGGUUAGCAUAUAAAAUGCUUUAUAUAUACUCUCCUCUAGUUUUUUUUUUCUGCUUCACACAUUAACAGAUUUAGAAUUUCACUUGGGUUACCGUAGAUACUCAUCUAUAAGUCGAGUGCAGUUUUUUGACCAACAUUUGUUAAAUAUGAUGUGACUCGUGGAUAAGUCAAGGGUACGUUUUCCCUUAUUUGAACCCUGCAUUCAAAUGGAAUUGUUCCCCUUCUGUUUGGUUACCAAACAGACUGUGUGGUGCUUGUUAACACCUCGUAAUCACUGACCACUGCUGGCUGUUAACCACAAACAAGCAUUCCCUGGGUGGCCACCAUUCGUAUAUACGAACGCACGUGUUCAAACAAACUUGUCUCCUGAAUGCAGGCAGCGGUACAUGGUCGUCGACGGCAUGGAUCUCUGAGUCAGCUACGCAAGCCAGCGAACCCCGCUGAAACUUGUACCCCUGCCCGAUCGACCCGUCCAGCUAGGAGAACGGCGUUCGGGAGUCGACAUUGCUCCGCAUUUAAUGUACAAAAUUCUAUAUAAACUAGCCCUGACCCGUGGAUAAGCCAACUCUGCGUUUUAAACUGAAAUUUACGACUAAAAUUUCUCGACUUAUACACAAGUAUAUACGAUAAUUCCAGUGAUCUCUAAAGAUCAUUCAGUCUUGAAGUUUUGUAACAUUGUAAAAGUAUUAUACUAUAUUUCCUUUGGGUUUGCUUCCAUAGAUUGAGAAUGGGGAGGCUCAUAAGAAGAAAUCACCCUUUUAUCCAUGACUGCCUUGCUGGCUAAGCAUUAUACCUCUUAAAGUUAACCAAUGUUUUAAUAGGUGUGUCUCACUUAAAGUUUCAUGAUUAUUGAAAAUGAAUGAUAACUGGAUUUUAUUUUGUGUUUCUUAGUAGACACAACAACCAUUGAGAGUCUAAGUGCAACAUGCAAAGGCAGGAGUAAUACAGCUGCUAGGACUGCAAAUGUUGAAUCCAUGUCUAAGCAAAGUCAGGACAAACCUUCACAGAAGAUCUCUGUCACUGCCUCUUCAGCAUCCAUACUAACUCCUGCCUACAAACCUAGCACGACUGCUAUUGGAUUUUCAGACGAUGAGGUCAUUUCAAGCCUCUUUGUUGAGGUUUCUAAAGUAGCUGCAGCAACACCAGUCCUUAAAGGUAAUCAAUAUGGCUUUUAUUUGACUGCAACAGUGAUGCAAUAUAGGGCAUUUAGUGAAUUUAUUUUUGAAAAUGUUCUGAUUUUGUUCUCUCUCUCUCUCUAUAUAUAUAUAUAUAUAUAUAUAUAUAUAUAUAUAUAUAUAUAUCUAUAUAUAUCUAUAUAUAUAUAUAUAUAUCUAUAUAUAUCUAUAUAUAUAUAUAUAUCUAUAUAUAUAUAUAUAACCUUUUCCGAAGCACCGGCCCUCUGGCCCCUGCUCAAGUGUUGAAUUCACUUUUCCAUUAGCAACAAUGGCAAGUUUGUCCAUAUAUUAACUGCAUUGAUAGGCCACAAAAGUCAUAUAUGAAUGAAACUGAUAUUGCUGAUGCAGAAGUGGAACUUUCCAUAUUAACAUGGACAUAGCACCAUAACUAAUACAACAGGAUGUAGUAGUUAUGAUGCAUAUACUGUCCCUUUAAGUAAAAUUAUAUCACAGUUGAUGAAAGAGUCACUAGGUUAAAUUUACAACUAAAGAAUUGAUUUCCACGCUAAUAUAUCAUGUUCACAAUUUGGGUCUGAGUUAAAAGUUCCUCAGUGCAUCACAACAUGCGCCUACCUUAAAAAAAAUAUAUAUAUAUAUAUAUAUAUAUUGCUGUGUCAUAUAUUGCCAGUAUGAUCAACCUAUCUCAGACUGCUCUGCAUUUGUAUAAUGUGUGUAAUCAGUUGUAACAAAUCUACUUUCUUUUCAGGCAUUGACAUUAACAGGGUGAUACGAAUAUUAUUGGAGAAUUGA